AUGUACGUAAGUCUACGAGUGAUGAAUUUAUUCAGCGAUAUCCUACAAGGCGCACACCACACUUUCAUCACUCGGCCCUUUCUCGUGUAUCGUAAUGACCUAGAUGUCAUUUUACCCGAUCAACCAGGAUAUUCAUUCCAAAGCACAGUUUCCAUUGCCAUGCGUCUGUAUAUAAAAGCACAAUAUCCAACGCAAACCAUUGAGUCUCCAAAUGCCAAAGCCAUCUAUAUCUCAUACAUCCGAACAAUAUUCAAAUAUGCAGUUUCUUACGCUCCUCACCACUGCUGCGAUAGCACUGGGUGCUGCUGCUACCCCAACGGCCGGACAAGACCGCGGAGUAUCGCCCAAUGUCGUUUAUACCUGCGACGACAAUUACCCUCCAUCCUAUUGCCCAAUUAA